UCCCGGGCUCCGCUGCUCUCGGGGGUGGGUCCGGGCCCUGGGCGGAGCCGCUGCCGGGCGCUGGAAUGUGCGGAAUGGGGAGAGCGGCGAGCCCGGGGCUGGCGGGGACCUGCCGGGGCUGGAGGGAGCCGGAGCCGCGCACGGGACCCCCAAGCGCAGCGCUGCGCCCCAACCGCUCAGCGUCCGGCACAGCGGGGCCCUGAUCUCAACGGGGGCAUGGACAUGCAGGGGGUGGGACUCGAUGACCUCCUGUGGUCCCUUCCAACCCGGAUAGUCUGUGAUUCUAUGACACUGCCCUGUCCUGAGGAGGCCUACGCAGAGGUGACCAUGGAGUUGGCCAAGGAGAAGCUCAGGAAGGAGCUGGAGGAAGAGCUGAAGCUCAGCACGGAGGAGCUGCGGAGCCACGCGUGGUACCACGGCUGCCUGCCACGGGAGGAGGCCGAGUCCCUGCUGGGGGAGGACGGGGAUUUCCUGAUCCGGGACUCAGGCUCCAGCCAGGGGGACUAUGUGCUGUCCUGCCGCUGGCGGGGCGAGACCCUGCACUUCAAGAUCAUCCGGGUGGUGCUGCGCCCUCGCCAGGGCUACUCCCGCACCCUCUUCCAGUUCGAGCAGGACCAGUUUGACAACGUGCCGGCCCUGGUGCGCUUCUACGUGGGCAACUGCAAGCCCAUCUCGGAGACCUCGGGCGCCGUGGUCUCUCGGCCCGUCAACCGGGAUGUGCCGCUGCGCUGGCUGCAAGAGCGCUACGGGGCCACCGGCCAGCCCCGUCUGGACAAGCAGGAGCCGGCUGAGGGGGACGUGGCUCCUGCCCACAGACUCGGCCGCCACAGACUCACCGCUGGGGAGAUGCCGACAGAGGGGAACCUGCUCCGGGUGAAAGACAAAAGCGGGAGCCAGCCCACCGGGCUGGAUCAGCUGGGCCGGCGCCCCCUGCUCUACACGGCACAGUCAGACAGUAACCUGCGGACAGGCAGCCCGGAAGCUCCAGCCGGCACCCAGGAAUGGAGCAAGCUCCCGCCCCCCUCACCCGUCUUCCGCACUGGCAGCGACCCCGUGCUGCGGCCCCCGGCCCCCCGGUGCCUGGACCCCGAGGGGGGUGCAGCCCUGAGCGGCUCGGAGGGGCAGCUGCACUCCAGGGCUCCCCCCAAGCCCCUGCGGGCCCCUUCCAUGCUGGUGGGCGACGCCCCCCAGGAGCAGCCCAGCACCUACUGCGAGCUGGUGCCCAAAGCCCCGGCCGGCCUGCGGAGCCACGUGGCUCGGCUGCACACCGAGGAGAAGUGGCGUGGCCGGGCCCGGGCCACGGACACAGCCUUUGGCUUCCUCGAGGAUGAGGGGGUGCCGCUCCCCCGGCCACGCCACUACGAGGAGGACUUUGUGCGCCCCCUACUGGAGACAGCCUCCUCCUUCCAGCCCCACAGCUUCCCCUCGCUCCUCCUGCCCCCCGACAACAAGCCCCUGGAGCCCGGCGCCCUCAAACGGCUCAAGGACCUCUUCACCCGGCAUGACUGCCGGACCAUGGCCCUGCAUGUCCUCUACAUGGACUGUCUGGUUGGCAGGAUCACCAGGGUGCCUAGGGAGCAGCAGCAAGCGAUGGGGGUAAGCUCGGGUCUGGAGCUGAUCACCCUGCCUCACGGGCACCAGCUGCGCCUGGACCUGUUGGAAAGGCACCAUCUCAUGGCCCUGGGCAUCGCGGUGGACAUCCUGGGCUGCACCGGGGGCGUGGCGGAGCGAGCCGGCACCCUGCACAAGAUCGUCCAGCUGGCUGUGGAGCUGAAGGGCUCGGCCGGGGACCUGUUUGCUCUGUCGGCCGUGAUGAAGGGCCUGCAGCUGCCCCAGGUUGCGCGGCUGGAUCAGACGUGGCAGAAGCUGCGGCAGACCCACACCGAGAGCGCCAUCGCCUUCGAGAAGGACCUCAAGCCCUUCGUGAAACGCCUCAACCGGGGGGAAGGGAACUCCUCCCCCGGAGAGGUCGCCGUCCCUCACCUCCUGCCUCUCAUCAGCCUCAUGGAAGGGGAGCAGCUCUGGGACGACCACGAGGAGAGCUGCGACCUCCUCUUACGGACGCUGGAGUCCGCCCGCUCCAUCGCCACCAGCGCCGGGGCGUACAAAGCCACCGCAGAGGCCAAGCUACAAGGAUUCCAAGCCACGGCGGAGCUCCUCGAAGCUUUCCAAACCGAGUUCGCGCUCCGCUUAUUCUGGGGCAGCAAAGGAGCGGCCGCGGACCGGGCCGAGCGCUACAGGAAAUUCGACGCCAUCCUCACGGUGCUGUCCCAGAAACUAGAACCAGCGAGGAAAACGGAGCCCUGAGUUUCCUCCACCGCCACGGCACAGCCCACGAACAAUGGCUUGCAGAGCCAAGACAGGAUGGAGGAGCAACAGCGCCCCACUGCCCAGAGAUCUCUCCCCUAGCCUGGCCGCCAGUGCCGGUAGCAGGAUGGGGGCAGGGGAACGAGCCCGAGCCCAAAAGCCUCCCGGGCCCCACCUCUGCAGAGGACGGGGGGUACAGAGAUUUCAGCGGCUUACGCCCGGGCAGUAUUCUACCAGCCCCCCCCCCGCCCGCCUUGCUGCUGGAGGCGGCUGCUCCGUGUGCAGAAGCUUGCAGGAGUGAGGAGGAUUGGUGGACCCAUUGCACCCACGGCUUUUUAAAUGCAAAAUGCCACUGCAGCUGCAGCUUCCCCUGCCUCUUUGCCAGCGUGGGAGGGUGUGAGAUGGUGAAAGGGAGCAAAGUAGCAGGGGGGAUUCCCCCUCCCAGCAAAGCGUGUGUGGGAGGGGUGGUGGUUGUAGCAAUAGGAAUAAACCAAAGCCUUCCAGCUGGUUUUGGUAACGGCUGCAAGGGUUGCUCCAGGCCCUGGGGUGCUGCAGUUACGCAGGGGCGGCGAUGUGGGGCUCUGGCAGAGGGGGGCUAAGUUGCAGCUUGGGGCAAGUUGGACUGGUGCAGGAGGAGCGGGGCUAGAACUCUCAGCCUGGGGCUUGAGGGCUGUUGUCUUUCCCAGGACAGGGCAGGGCGGUAGACACCCAUGGGGCCCUUCACCCCCAUUCAGGGGGUGCCCUAGCCUGAAGGGGGAUCCACGCCCUGCCCCCUUAGAAUGACCACUGGAGGCUUAGAGGAAGUUAAAAAUCUCUGCCCCUGUCCCCUUCUCCCCUGAAAUGAAGCAGGUUUGUGCUGCCCUCAAUGCAUGGGGGGAGCUCCCCUGAGCGGGGAUGGCAAGGAGGCUGUUAUCUCUGCCCCGGAGGUGAAGAAUUGCCUAAUGGUUACAGCAGGAGACACCUGGGUUCGGCAGCCAGUUCUGCAGCAGCGGGAGCAGAAGGGGUGAAGACCUAGAAGAGGCUGGCCAGGAGUUAGACUAGGACCCCCGUAGCAUCCCCACCCCCACCCCGGUCCCCCAACACGCUCCUCAGCCGAGGGCAGUGGGGAAAUGAAACCAGACAAUGCACCACAGAGGGGAACAGUCCAAGCCAGGCUGUGGUGUCCACCCCGAGUCUAUGCUCAUGUGAGGGGAACCAGCUUGAGGCAGUGCCCCCCCCCGAGUCUAUGCUCAUGUGAGGGGAACCAGCCUGAGGCCGUGCCCGUCCAAUGCCCUAAGGAGCGGCUGGCCAGGAGGGUUAUGCCUAUGAGAGCCUAAGCUGGGAAUUUAAACGAGGGUAGUUACAAGGGGGCUUAGCCCUGUGUGGAUGCUCUGAACUCAGGCGAAGCCCUUGUCUAGGGGGAAGCCAUACCACUCCAAGUGAGGGUGUUAAUUUAAGCCCCCUGCUCUCUGUAAACCAAUGCACACUCCAGCUCCACUAAACUGCUCUUCCCUUCAUGGGGUCCCCCUCUCUUCCUCACAUCCACUGUGGAGUAAGAAGGGGGGUGGCUGGAGACAGCACAAGUGUGACUGGCCCCCUGCUCUGCUCUAGCAGAAAUUAGCAAUUGAAAUGUUGCCUCUAACACACUAUUGGGAACUUCCAAAUGGAAGUAAAAGUACCACGUCCCUGACGGGGAAACUGAGACAGGCCGAUAGUCACACAGCAAAAUCAAGGGAAGGCAAAGAUAGGACUCCACACCUACUUGAGCCCAUGCCCCUCCCACAGCUGAGAAUAGAACCCAGGAGUCCAGACUCCCAGUCCCCCUCCUCCCCUGGGCCUAGCCCUGCUAAUGGAACCCAGGAGUCCUGGUGGCCAAUUCCCCCUACUCUAAACCCACUAGCACCCUGUGAGGCCACCUGUGUUCUGGUCCACCACAGCGCAGCUGGGGGGUUGUCACUGCCUCUGUGCCUCCGUUUCCCCAAGCGAAAAACAGGGAUAAUCGUUCCUUAGCUCUGUCCUCACUGAAAAACCAGGAUGCAUUUUUACUGCCGGGUAGCCGCAAGAGGGCUGUACAUCGCAUUAGCAGACAGGGUAAUUUACCUCACCCGAGGUAGUCCAGAACAACCCUCCAAAGCUGGGGCUGGCCUCAACUAGCUACAUAGCAUUUAAACGCUUCCCGGGCCACAUCCCCAUCCAGGCUCUCCAGCACACGAGCAAAAAAGAAGCGCCCUUAACUCGUUAGCCAACACACUGACGCAAGGCGGAGCUCCAGGGAAGAGCGGGCGUAGCCUCAGGGAAACCUUAAGCCCCUCCGUAGUUUGUAGCUGGACCUGCUAGCACCUGUGAACACUAGACCCUGCCUCGGCCACACGAGAGCGUCCUCACCUGUAUGAGAAUCCCUCCGGGUUUGUCUUCGCCGUACAGCUGCAUCGCUGUAGUGCGGGAGUGAAAACGCUCCUCUCCCGCCAGGGGAGCUGCUCCCGGCGGCGUAGUUAAGCCUCCGCCCCGAGAGAAACUCUCCCGUCAACAGAGCGCCGUGUACACAGGGGGUAAGUCGGUAUAACGGCAUUGCUCAGGGGUGUGGAUUUUUCACACCCCCUAGAUCGACAGAGGGGGUGUGGUGUAGACCUCGCCCUAGUGAGGACGAGGACCGGAUGCCUGGUCCCCGGGCCACCACAAUGGGGCCCUGCUCUCAGCUGGGGGGCUUCUAGACAGGACGGUAACCUACCCAACUAGCCGCGCCCCUCUCCCUAAGAGCAGGGUGGGCUAGGUGGCGCUGGAAUAUGGACGAA